AUUUAAAAAAAUCGAUCGGCCCGGCUGAACAUAUUUCAUGUCUAAAAUUCUAUAUUAUCUACUUUAUAACCCCUAAUUUUCCACUCACUGCUGUCAUUGCGAGUAAAUAAAGUUGUAUUGAAAUCGGAUGUCAAGGUAAACGUAGAGUCAAUAUUGAAGUACAAAACUAUCAUAACAUUGUCCUUAACCCUUUGCGGGAGAAGGAGCCACAAUGGCUAGGAUAGAUAAAACGUCUAAACCGGGUUUUGUAAUAAAGUUAUCAAACGAAACUGCGCAAAAAAUAGCGGAAGAAGAACAACUUGCUAAAACUCAGUUGAAAGAAGCUGCUGUUAAAAAUGUUGAAAUUAAAUUAGAUAAGAAGGAUGAAACACCAAGUAAGGAAUUAACAGAUGCCGCGAAUGAAGAGAAAAGUGCUAAAAAAGUCAGAACCAGUGAACCCAAUGAGAAAAAGUUAAAUUCUUUAAAUCAAUCACCAGCACCAGAAGUAAGUGCUACUGAUGCUAGUGUUAGUAGCGAAACAACUGAAAAAAAGGACGAUUCAAACACCCAUUCGUCAUGGGGUGAUUAUGCACCAUACAUCACAUAUGAAGGAGAGGAAGCCAUCUACACAGACCCCAGUACUCAACAAAAAUAUAAUUGGAACAAGGAAACUAAUGCUUGGGCUUUAAAACCUGAUCAAGAAGUCCCUGGACGAGAGUACAGCUAUGAGAAUGAUACACAUAUUUAUACAGAAUCUGAUGGCUCAAAAUUCUUUUGGGAUGUUGAAAAGAAAGCCUGGAUCCCAAAAGUAGAUGAUGAUUUUUUAGCGCUAUACCAAAUGUCAUAUGGAUUUGUUGAUAAUACAACUAAUGACAAAGUCUCAGAAAAGAAACUUAAUGAGGAAAAAAAGAAAGAACAAAAGAGAUUAGAUCUCAUUACAGGGGUAAAGAGGAAAAAUGAACCACAAUGGUUCCAACCCUCAGAGGAAACAAACACCAAGGUCUAUGUCUCCAACUUACCAACUGACCUAACAGAAGAAGAAUUUGUUGACUUCAUGCAAAAGUGUGGGCUUGUUGAGCGAGAUCCUGCCAAUCAAAAGAUGAAGGUCAAACUAUACAUGGAUAAAGAACACAAUUGUUUUAAAGGUGAUGCAUUAUGCACCUAUAUCAAGGUAGAGUCUGUGGACUUGGCAUUAAAAUUACUUGAUGGGAGUGACCUCAAGGGUAACAAAAUCAAGGUAGAGAGAGCAAGCUUCCAAAUGAAAGGUGACUAUAACCCUGCCCUCAAACCCAAGAAGAAAAAGAAAAAGGAACUUGAGAAGUUGAAGAAAAUGCAACAAAAACUUUUCGAUUGGAGGCCUGAAAAGUUCAUUGGAGAGAGGUCAAAACAUGAAAGGAUUGUUAUCGUCAAAAAUUUGUUCCACCCAACAGAUUUUGAUCAAGAGGUCCAAUUGAUCCUAGAUUAUCAACAAGAUUUACGGGAGGAGUGUGCUAAAUGCGGUGAAGUGAGAAAAGUUGUAAUUUAUGAUAGGCAUCCUGAAGGAGUUGCUCAAAUUACAAUGAAGGAGCCUGAGAUGGCAGAUGCAGUUGUGGAACUUAUCGGUGGCAGAUGGUUUGGUAAGCGACAAAUCACUGCAGAGAUUUGGGAUGGUAGGACAAAGUACAGGAUUGCUGAAACUGAUUCCGAAAUUAGUAAGAGGAUCAAUAAAUGGGAUGAAUUUUUAGAAGGCAAAGAGGGUGAGGAAGCCAAAAAAAAGCUACCAGAAGAUCCAGCUGAUAAUAACAAAGAUCAAACUAAAAUCAGCACUGAGGAAAAGUUACCAUCUGGAGCAGAAGUUAAAAAUGAGUAAUUUUAUAAAAUAGGUUUUAAUGUCGUAAAUAAAUCACUAAAAUGAG